UACCAUAGAGUCUAGGAGCCCUAGGGGGAUAGAGGAGCCUUCACUUCCGAUCCCUUGUCGUUUCUCCUCCGUUCCCGGCCGUUUCCUGGCAAAAGGAAGAGGGGGGGGACUGGGCGGUCGGGAGCAGCUUUGUAAUUGGUCCGGGUGGCUGCCUGCGCUUUUCCUCCUUCCUUUCCCGGUUCCGAAGAUUUUUGUGGCGCUACUGCCUUCCCUUGCGGCUUAUCUGCUCCCAUCCCGGUCAGAGGCGAAGAGGGACGGGGUCGUCCUGCUGCCCUCGCCGAGCUCGCAUGGAAGAGGGGGAGAUGCGGCGGGAACGGUGACCGCGGUAGAACCUUUGUCCAUGACCCUGCCGUCUUCCUUCCUCACUGCUGAAUAGCUACUCCAAGAUAAACAGAAGACACAGAGUGGAUAUAUGAAGGAAGACGUUGAGGGAUCUGCCGAAGAUGAGGCGACUGAAUCGGAAGAAGACCUUGAAUUUAGUGAAAGAAUUGGAUGCCUUCCCAAAAGUUCCUGAAAGCUACAUAGAGACUUCAGCAAGCGGAGGAACAGUUUCAUUAAUUGCAUUUACAACCAUGGCUCUCCUAACAGUAAUGGAAUUUAUGGUAUAUCGAGAUACCUGGAUGAAAUAUGAAUAUGAAGUGGAUAAGGAUUUUACUAGUAAAUUAAGAAUCAAUAUAGAUAUUACUGUCGCCAUGAAGUGUCAAUAUAUUGGUGCUGACGUGCUGGAUCUGGCAGAAACGAUGGUUGCUUCGGCGGAUGGCUUAGUUUAUGAACCGGUAAUAUUUGAACUCAGUCCUUUGCAAAAAGCAUGGCAAAGGAUGCUUCACAUCAUUCAGAGUAGACUGCAGGAAGAGCACUCUCUUCAAGACAUAAUAUUCAAAAGUGCUUUUAAAAGUGCAUCAACAGCACUACCUCCUAGGGAGGACAACUCGUUGCAGCCUCCAGAUGCUUGCAGAAUCCAUGGGCACCUAUAUGUUAAUAAAGUAGCAGGGAACUUUCACAUAACUGUGGGCAAGGCAAUUCCCCACCCGAGAGGCCAUGCGCAUUUGGCAGCCCUUGUGAGUCAUGAAUCAUACAACUUCUCCCACAGGAUAGAUCACUUGUCUUUUGGAGAGCUCAUUCCAGGGAUUAUUAAUCCUUUAGAUGGUACUGAAAAGAUUGCAUCAGAUCACAACCAGAUGUUCCAGUACUUUAUCACAGUUGUGCCAACAAAGCUUCACACAUAUAAAAUUUCAGCAGAAACUCAUCAGUUUUCAGUGACAGAAAGGGAAAGAGUGAUCAACCAUGCAGCCGGGAGUCACGGGGUGUCUGGGAUUUUCAUGAAGUAUGACAUCAGUUCUCUUAUGGUGACGGUGACAGAAGAACACAUGCCGUUUUGGCAGUUUUUAGUGCGACUUUGUGGUAUCAUUGGAGGGAUCUUUUCCACUACAGGACUUCUGCACAGCAUCGGAAGAUUCAUUGUUGAAAUUGUCUGUUGUCGUUUCAAACUGGGAUCGUACAAAUCUCCAUCUGUGACACUUCAAGAUGGGCACCUAAACAACCAUGUACCUCUAAUGACUGAUGACAUCAUGCAUUAGCACCUUCCACAGAAACUGUUUUCCGUCAGAUGCAGAAAACAUUUUUUUAUAACAAAACAUUGUGCAAUAUGUUAAGAUGGUGCUCGGCACCCACCCACUCCCCAAAAAUCAAGCCUUUUGAAAACAAAACUAAACUAUUUGUGUGGCUUCUCUGUCCCUUUAAGAAUUUGGAAAGAUGCCAAGAAAUCCAAUGAGCUCAUUCUCUCUCCUUGAAUGAACAGGACCAUUCCUUGGACGUGAUUCUAGUUUGCUGAACUGCUUCCUGGCAAGAUGUCAGCAGUUACCAUUCCUUAUUCCACAUGUGAUGGAUGCCUACAAAGCCCUAAUAUGUAAAGGGAUGCAGUAGGAAGGGUGUGUAUUUUCAUCAGCAUAGCAGGAAAAAUAGCAAGACCAGCUUAAAACAGAGUUUUCAGUGUUACACAUUAAAAAAUGAGGCGGAAGAUUCCCCGUCCCCAUUAUAUCUGUAA